AAUUAGGAGGAGUCUAAUAGUUUUCUUUUGCACAAAACGAACACGAGUUGGGACAAAGAGUGAAGCAUGAAGAAGGUCACAACAAUUGUUUCAAUCUUUUUGAUCGCGCUACUUUGUUUGCAGGAAGUCGUCCACGUAUCUUCGUCACCAUUCUUAUAUGCACGCCAGGUCUAUGAGGAAUCUUCUGGUGGAAGGAAACUUGAACAAGAACACGGACAAGAACAUGCCCAAGAAUUGCAUUGCUCCAGGGAGAGAAGUAGGGCAGCUCGGAAAGUGAUAGAGGAGUAUUUGAUACCAUUUGUGGAACGAGAAAACUACCGGCUUUCAACUAAAUGCAGACUUCACCCUGAAAAUGAUAUAUUUAGCGAUCAGGAAGAGCAUAAAAUAUUCGUAGAUAGACAUGAAUGGCAGUGUGGAUAUUGUAAGAAAAGCUUUCGGGAAGAGAAAUUUCUCGAUCAGCAUUUUGAUAACAGACACUACAAUCUUCUGAAUGUGAGUCAUGGUAAAUGCUUGGCUGAUUUAUGUGGUGCGAUGCAUUGUGAUGCUGUGACGAAUUUCAGAUCCCCCAGAAGCAAGUGUAAUAUGGCAGCUGCUGCAAGAAAUCGUCAUCUAUGUGAGAGUCUUGCUGACAAUUGUUUUCCUACAAGUGAUGGUCCAGCAGCAGGCCGCCUUCAUGAAUUGUUUCUGCACCAAUUUUGUGAUGCUCACACUUGCUCAGGGAAACAUAAACCCUUCUCUCGGGGAGGCAAGGACCAAAGUAGUUUCUUCCGCCUGGCUGCUGGAGCAUUGAUCUUGGUGCUACUUCCUGUGUUCUAUCUUUUUCUUUAUUUGAUACAAAGUGAUGUGAAGAAUCGAACACAAGAGCUUCGUCGCAUUCCAAAAGCUGGAUGGAAAACAAAACCAUCAUGAUUGUCUUGACUGUAGGGCCAGUACGAGAGACAAAUUGGGGAUGAAUUGAAGAGUCUGUUAUUUGUUUGGAUUGGAGCACAAGUACACAAGAUGUGGAAGCCAUUUAAACCUUUAAUGGUGCCUUGUAAUCAGUUCAACAGUGUUAUCUUCACGUUGUAAUUGAAGACGAGCUUAUUGGUUAGUGCUCAUUUGAAUGCUCAGCAGCGCAUUUAAACGUUCCACGCUAUGUUGAUAGAAUCUAGCCGCUGAUUUGUAUGCAUUUAAAUGUCGUCCAACGGGCGUUUAAAUGUACUCAGUUCACUUAGAUUGGUAUAAAACAAUGUUACCAACUUUGUAGACUUUUGACAACCAAAAGGUACUGUGUAACACACGAAACAGUUGCUAUUCUCUACUUCGGGAGUUCAGGUUUGUGCAUAUCAAACUUGAAAAAAUGAAGGCCAAUCUCAUGAAUUGCUAAUGGAUAUCACCUUUUUAUC